AUGAGGCGGAUCCCGAUGAACGCUCUGUGCGUGGCGAUCCUGGCGAGUGGUUUGUCGAUAGUUUUGUGCGACAAGCAAGUAUUGCCGGAUCUGUCGUUUAGUUUGUCAGGGCAAAGCUUGGACUGGCCAUGUCAGAGCACGAAAAACAUCUACGAGACCAGCGGGCGUUACAUCUCCAGAAACAUCAUUUCCACGAGGAUGCAGAUCUACAAGGAGGACGCCAUCGUGGCGAUGCCGCGCUACAAGCCCGGCGUGCCGUUCACUUUAGGCGUCGUGUCCUUGAAAACGAAGAACUGCGCGCCGAAAGUGACACCUUUUCCGUGCUGGGCGAUCCAGGAGGAGGGUAACUGUGAGGCCUUGCAGAGUGUGGUGGACAUAGCUCUUGAUGUUCAGGACAUCCUGUGGGCGCUGGACGUCGGUAUCGUCAACACUUUGGAGCAGCCGGUGCGAAGGUGUUCUCCGAAGGUCGUCGGUAUCAACGUGAAAUCCGGAAAGGUCGUGAAGGUAAUCGACCUGAGUCCCUUGGUGAAUCCGUUGUCCCGUUUGCAAUAUCUGGAAGUCGAUUACGCGGAAGACGGUCAAGUGUACGUGUACGUGGCCGACGCUGCUGCCAGGUCCAUAAUCGUUUACAACGUUACCGCGGAUAAGGGAUACCGAGUGGUUCUCCCAUCCGCUGUUACCGCCGGUGUCCAGAGAAGAGACGUUCUCUAUUUGGCACUGGUGAAAAAAAGCUGCGGCACGUCGAUUUUGUACUUUACCUAUUUAGGAUCCAACAAACUCUUCGCGAUCAAGGCCGUAAACUUGAGGAAAGGAUACACUCAGGGAUCGGUCGUAGACGUUGGACCAAAACAGAACAAGAUAGUCCUCCUCGGAACUGACAAUGGCUCCGAGAUUUUCUUCCGAUUUAAAGGCGAGUCGGAUGUCUACAUGUGGAACACCGAGACAUUGUUCAAACCUGAGAACUUCCUUCUGGUAGAGAGCGGCAACGAUUGUCAGCUACCGACACAAGUCGUCCCUGGUUACAAGAGACUCAUGUGGGUGAUCGAGAGCAAUUUCCAAGAUUAUAUACAGAACACCGUGAGUUGCGCCGGUGCGUCAGUGACCAUUCAUCCCUUAGUUAAGACUUGCGAAGAAUAA